UCCCGGCUCCCAAGAAAGCGCGGCACCUCCGGUCCGUGUCUGCGGCUGCCCUCGAGGCUCCGCUGGAGGAACCCGCCGCCGCCCGCUUCUCCGGCUCCACUCCUCUCCGCAUGGAAGGCGGCAGCUUGCGAGCCUUCGGGCCCCGUCGCUGCCCUUUCGGAGGAGCAGGCAGGGCAGGACUGAGUUAAUCAGGGGAGCUUUCGAGAGGGGCAUUGUCGGGGCGCGGCACCAGCCCCUUUUCGCUCAGGCCCGUCCGUGGAAAGCAGCGCCUGCGCCAGCAACACAGCAUCACCCGUCGGCCAGGAGGUGGGAGCACGGCUGUUAGCCAGCCUCCAAGCAACUUCCACAAGCCAUGUUUCCACAGCCCCUCAUGCCUCUCGUGGCAAGAGGCAAGGAGAUGGGGCCCACUUCCGUGCGCCGGGCCACCGUGUCUGCCAGGACCCGCUCCCGAAGUGCCAGUGGCACUAUGUUCUUGCCAUCUAUGCUGAUGUUUGCUGUGAUUGUGGCCUCCAGUGGACUCCUGCUUAUGAUCGAAAAGGGGAUUUUGGCGGACGUGAAGCCCCCACCGCUCCAUCCCUCGCAUGGGGAGCUGCCUUGGAGGAGGGUUGGCAGUGCCAGAUCAGCAUCAGAGGAUGUGGACUACCAAGUACUGCAGGAUAUCCGGAAUCGGACCAUCCGUACUAUGUGUGGACAAAAAAACAUGCCUCAGAGUGUCUGGGACCUCCCGGCAGGCCAGAGGAGGACUGCACUCAAACACAUUCUGGUUAGUGACAAACAUCGUUUUCUGUACUGCUAUGUCCCCAAAGUGGCCUGCUCCAACUGGAAACGGAUUCUUAAAGUUUUGGAUGGUGCAUUGGAGAGUGUGAAUAUGAAGCUUAAAAUGGACCACAAAAGAGACUUGUUGUUCCUAAGUGACAUGAAGCCAGAUGAGAUCCGUUACCGACUAAAGCACUAUUUCAAGUUCAUAUUUGUUCGGGAUCCAAUGGAAAGGCUUUUAUCAGCUUAUAGGAAUAAGUUUGGAGAAAUCAAAGAAUACCAGCUAAAGUAUGGCGUGGAAAUCGUAAAAAGGUAUAGAAAAAACCCUGGGAAAAGCACAGGUGAUGAUGUUACCUUCUCUGAAUUUCUCCAGUACCUCUUAGAUGAAGAAGUGGAGAGAAUGAACGAACAUUGGAUGCCCAUCUACAACUUGUGCCAGCCGUGUGCAGUGAGGUACGAUUUCAUUGGAUCCUAUGAAAGACUGAAUGAGGAUGCCAAUUAUAUUCUUGAAAGGGUUCAGGCACCCUCUUUUAUACACUUCCCAGAGCGGCAAUCAUGGUAUAAGCCAGUGACUCCUGAAACUCUGCAUUAUUUUCUGUGUAACACUCCAAGGGGGCUUGUAAAAGAGCUCUUACCAAAGUAUAUUCUGGAUUUUUCUUUGUUUGCUUACCCUCUACCCAAUGUUACCAGUGAAUUUUGCAGGCAAUAAACUGUUCCACUGUGAAAAAAUCCAUGUCCUAUGCAAUUUCCUAAUGUUAUAUAUUGUAUGAACACCUUUGACAUCAAAUGCCUUGCUAUAUAUGCUGCCUUUAGCUUAAAAAUAGCUUUAAUUUUUAUAACAUAUGUAUAUGCGUCAUUGAGUUAAGCACACUUUUUUUAUUUGGGGUGCGUUUUUUGUAUAUUUUAGGAAAUAUGCAUUUUUGUAGAGUUACUAGAGCAUCAACUGCAGGACAGUCACAUUUUGAAAAGAAACUGCAACAGCAACAGCGCAAGAUUUGUGGAGAGGGUUCAAGGGCCUCUACAUGCAGGCCACAUGCUUGCACUGUUGGGGCUUGUCCUGUGAGCGUAGCAAUUUGAUAGGUUUUUUAUUACUACUUUAUUUCAGUAUUAAACAUCUUGAUAUUUAUGAGGUACUGUUUCUAUUGGUAGAGUUAUAGAGGAUGCUGUCUUCAUUUAUCUGGCAACAAUUCCCAUUCAACUUGUUGGAAUUACUUCUCAAUAGAUACAUAUAGGAUAAUGUUAUAAGUUAACUACCAUGUUUCCCUGAAAAUAAGACUGGUUCUUAUAUUAAUUUUUGCUCCAAAAGAUGCACUAGGGCUUAUUUUCAGGUGAUGUCUUAUUUUUUCAUAUACAACAAUCUACAUUUAUUCAAAUAGUCAUGCCAUCUUCUUCUGAAACAUUGUCAUAACACUCCAAACUCCGAAUUGUGUUGCAACAGACAUAAUAAAUGAGUUCGUCUGGCUGACGAUGUUAACUGGAGCAUAUUUUGGGAGUAGGGCUUAUAUUACGAGCAUCCUGAAAAAUCAUGCUAGGGCUUAUUUUCCGGUUAGGUCUUAUUUUUGGGAAAACGGUAUUUUUCGCUAUUAUUUUCUAUCAUAGAAAAUGUAAUGCCCUGAUCAAAAAUUAUGUAUGUCAGCAUCCCUUUGCAUAUGAAAAUGUGUGACCCACAGUACUGAAUUAGCAGGCAUUGAUAUGCUCUUUCUUUAAGUACUUAUUUGACUAGUUCAGCAAGUCAUAGGAAUUAGCAUUUAUAGAGCAACCAUAAUCCAUGUUUACUGAAAAGUAAGUCCUACUGUAUUCAUUGGAACUUACUCAAGCUUUGACAAUUGCAGCCUUUAAAAUGUCAGUAUGGGAAAACACAUUCAUACAGUUCGCCUGUGAAACAACCAAAACGUUUAGAUAACCUGAGGUUCAAAGAAGCAUUGUUUGUAUAGUAUGAUAUUGCUUUGAGAAAACAGAAAGGUGAGUGGAUACUUCCAGACAGAGGCUCUUAGUGCAUUGUGCAGCUGUGCCAUUAUUUUCUCUUUGCAAGAUUUUCUGUGGAAUGUAAAAAGAUGGAAGAAGCAGUGGUAAAACAUAGGAGGAUUACAAGUGGAAGACAACAACUUCUGGACCCCGCUUCACCAAAUUCCAUGGACAAGGCAGGGCAGCUGCACAACAGAAAGCCUUAUCUAGAAGUACUUUGUGUAAAAGCAGAGCUUUAACAAAUUUGGAGCUUCGUAUACUCUAAGUUCAGAUAAUGCAGUUUGCUAGGGUACUAUCAUAUGUUCUUUGUUUUUUCCCAUGAAUAUAUACACUUUUUGUUAAAAUAAAAAUUAAUAUCUUUCUAGUUUAUCUCGAAAAUUACUUGUGAUAGUGUACUUAGAAAACUAGAAAACCUGAUUUCUCUAGGAUACCUGUUGAAGAAAAUUUGAUUAUUUACAUGUAUAUGGCAUUCUCAUAGCUUUAUAUUUAAGUAUUAUGAUUAUUCACCAUGAAAGAGAGUAGACAAAAUGGCUCACACAUGUUUAUACCAUUUUCUUUUAAUAAAGUUUGUAUGUAAUGGU